AUGUCAACCAAACCAUUGGCCUGUGUCCUGCUGCUGACACUGCUUCACACCUGCUCUCUGACACUGGAGUACGAGGACUACGAGGAUGUCACAGUGAACCAAAUGCUGGCUCCUAAAUCACAUGAAACCGACGCCACGGAAAUACUCAACAAUCUGCUGAAAGAGUACGAUAAGAAACUCAGACCGGAUAUCGGAGUUAAACCAACUGUCAUAGAUGUCGACAUAUUUGUGAACAGCAUUGGACCAGUGUCAUCAAUAAAUAUGGAAUACCAAAUCGACAUCAUCUUUGCCCAGACGUGGAUUGACAGCCGUCUCAGAUACAACAGCACAAUGAAGAUACUGACUCUAAACAGCAAUAUGGUCGGACUUAUUUGGCUGCCAGACACCAUCUUCAGGAACUCCAAGAAUGCGGAUUCCCACUGGAUUACGAUGCCUAACCAGCUGCUCAGAAUAUGGAAUGAUGGGAAAAUACUUUACACCUUAAGACUGACAAUAAACGCAGAAUGCCAGCUUCAGCUGCACAACUUUCCCAUGGACGAGCACUCCUGCCCUCUCAUCUUCUCGAGCUAUGGAUACCCACGAGAUGAGAUGAUUUACAAGUGGAGGAAGAACUCUGUGGAGGCGUCUGACCAAAGAAACUGGCGUCUCUACCAGUUUGAUUUUAUGGGCCUGAGAAACACUACAGGCAUAAUAAAGACUACAGCAGGGGACUAUGUGGUGAUGACGGUGUUCUUUGACCUGAGCAGGAGAAUGGGCUACUUCACCAUCCAGACUUACAUCCCCUGCAUCCUCACCGUGGUUCUCUCCUGGGUGUCCUUCUGGAUCAAAAAGGACGCCACGCCAGCCAGAACGGCUUUAGGUAUCACCACAGUUCUGACUAUGACUACUCUCAGUACUGUGGCCAGAACGUCAUUACCCAGAGUGUCUUAUGUCACUGCCAUGGACCUGUUCGUCUCUGUCUGCUUCCUGUUUGUCUUUGCUGCUCUGAUGGAGUAUGCAACAUUGAAUUACUACUCAAACAGUGCCAGAAAACUCAGCUGUAUGAAGCCUAAACGACCAAACUACUCUAUCCUGGACGUGCGACCUCCACACACCGUCAUCACUCUGAACAACUCCAUGUACUGGCAGGACUUUGAGGACGCUUGUGUAUACGAGUGUCUGGAUGGAAAAGACUGCCAGAGCUUCUUCUGCUGCUACGAGGAGUGUAAAGAAGGUGGAUGGAGAAAAGGACGCAUCCACGUAGAUCUACUUGAACUGGAUGCGUACUCACGCGUCUUUUUCCCCACCUCCUUCUUACUGUUCAACGUGGUCUACUGGGUGGGCUAUCUCUACCUUUAG